GCAGCGGGAUGCGCCAGACUCAGCCAUCGCCGCCUCAUCGCCCUCUCCGGCCCCGACGCACCCAAGUUCCUGCAAGGCCUCAUAACGAACAACGUCGAUCCUUCAAGAGACACGCCCUUUUAUGCGGCGUUCCUCGACGCGCGGGGCAGGAUGCUGUGGGACGUCUUCAUCUGGACUUACCCCGGAUUGAAGGAGCAGAUGGGCGUGGCAGGCGAUUGGGCGUGCUACAUCGAGGUGGAUGCGGGCGAGGUCGACGCGCUGGCCAAGCAUCUCAAGCGGCACAAACUCAGGAGCAAGAUUACGAUCAAGGUGGUCGACGAGAACGCGGACCACGAGGAUGGGAAAGAGAACGUACAGGUCUGGGCGAGCUGGGGUUCGGAAGCAUCGCUCGGCGAGUCUCACCGGAGCCUGGCAACUAUCCCAGAUCCGCGGUUCAUCGGCGACAAAAUAGCCAUGUGCCGCUCGCUCGUUCGUCCCCUUGAUACGACGCCGCCCAAGCGGAACGCGCCCCUUGAAGAGUAUCACCGGCUGCGGCACACGUACGGCGUUCCCGAGGGCCCGGCCGAGAUACCUCGCGAGGCCGCGCUGCCCAUGGAGUACAACAUCGAUCUGGCCCAGGGCAUCGACUUCAAAAAGGGCUGCUACCUCGGCCAGGAGCUGACCAUACGCACCAAGCACACGGGCGUCGUGCGGAAGCGCAUCUUGCCCGUUGAGCUCUCGACUGCAGAUGCGCCGCACACAGAGCCAGACACUCACUUACAAAUCCCUACAUACACCGGAGAUGUCUUGAAGGUAGACCCUGCGCAGUUCGACAGCGCGGACAUCAAGCAACUGGCCGAAGACGGGGGCAUCAAGAAGGGUCGGGCGGCUGGAAAAUUAGUCAGCGUGGUUGGGAAUGUCGGGCUUGCAUUGUGCCGGCUGGAGAUGAUGACGAGCAUGAAGGUCAGCGCCGAGGGCGGGACGUGGAUGCCGGGCAUGGAGUUUGGGGUUGCGGAUAGAGAGGGACGCGUUGUCAAAGUCAGGCCGUUUCUGCGGGACGAGUGGGUGACGAGAGUGAGGGAUAUCUGGGAUAAG